AAUUCUCAGGUUACAUUUCCUGCAGGCUUUAUUAGCUGCUUUCACCUCACAGCCGCUCUCUUUACCUACCCGCCACCAACAUGAAGCUUCCAGUGGCCAUUCUGGCAAUUUUUGCAUCGAUAGCUGUCACUAUUGAUGCUACUGCCUACUUCAAGGAACAGUUUCUGGAUGGAGAUGGAUGGAAGAGCCGGUGGGCCGAGUCAAAGCACAAGUCGGACUAUGGCCAGUGGAAACUGACAGCUGGAAAAUUCUAUGGGGAUGCUGAGGCUGAUAAAGGUCUCCAGACCAGCCAGGAUGCCCGCUUUUAUGCCCUCUCAGCCCGCUUUGACCCCUUUAGCAACGAGGGAAAGCCCCUGGUCAUCCAGUUCACCAUCAAGCACGAGCAGAAGAUUGACUGUGGAGGCGGCUACGUCAAGGUUUUCCCCUCUGACCUCGACCAGAGCGACAUGCAUGGAGACUCUCAGUAUUACAUCAUGUUUGGACCAGACAUCUGUGGAUACAGCACAAAGAAGGUUCAUGUGAUCUUCAACUACAAAGGACAGAAUCACCUCAUCAAGAAAGACAUCAAAUGCAAGGAUGAUGAGCUCACCAACCUGUACACGCUGAUUCUGAAUCCUGACCAGACGUACGAGGUUAAGAUCAACAAUGAAAAGGUGGAGUCAGGCUCCAUGGAGGAAGACUGGGACAUGCUGCCCCCGAAGACGAUCAAGGACCCCGAGGCUAAGAAACCCAGCGACUGGGACGACAGGGCCAAGAUCGACGACCCCAGUGACAUAAAGCCUGAGGAAUGGGAAAAGCCAGAGUCCAUCCCCGACCCUGAUGCCAAGAAGCCUGAUGACUGGGACGAGGACAUGGACGGAGAGUGGGAACCUCCCAUGAUCACCAACCCAGAAUAUAAGGGCGAGUGGAAACCCAAACAGAUUGACAACCCUGAUUACAAGGGAGCCUGGGUGCACCCUGAGAUUGAUAACCCAGAGUACACUCAAGAUGCCACCAUGUACAAGUUUGAUAGCAUUGGAGUCCUGGGCCUGGACCUGUGGCAGGUUAAAUCUGGCACCAUCUUUGAUAACUUCCUGAUUGCUGAUGAUGUCAAAGAAGCAGAGGAGUUUGGGAAGGAAACCUGGGGCGUUACAAAGGAACCAGAGAAGAAAAUGAAGGAUGAGCAGGAGGAUGUGGAGAGGAAACUGAGGGAGGAGGAGGAGAAGAGCAAGAAGAAGGACACAGAUGUUGAUGAAGAGGAUGAGGAAGACGGCGAGGACGAGGAGGAAGAGGAGGAGCAGGAUGAGGAGACAGACGAAGACGCCGGUACGGAAGAGGAGGACGACAGCGGCAAACCAAAGGACGAGUUGUAGAGCAGAGAAGCUGGGUGGUGGACUGCUGUGUGCUUCUCUGCAGGUUCUAACUAUCAACAGAAAAUCAGCUAAAGCCCUAUGGACUCUGGCCUUUGAUACGGCAUUUAUUCAGGUGCAGGGGAGGGGUUGAAGGUGGGGUCAGGUCAGAUUUAUUUUUUAUUGAUUUCUUUGUUGCUUUUUUUUAGCCAUCAAAUUUAGAGAAGGGUUUACAUGUUCUGUUCGUGCGUCUGCUUCAGUUGAGAAUUUUCUAAUUUAAUGUGAUUUUCUGAAUGUGGUCAGCCCCAUGGUGUGUGUGUGUCUAACAGUUACCCACAGUGAUACUGCUCUGUCCCACUGUGAUCCAAUUAUUUUUUAUUAUCGCCUCUGUUGGGAUGUCCAGUAAAUUAAGGGUCUGUGAUGUGUGAUUCAUGCACUUUUAUUUCUCCUGUUUGAUGUAAUACUGUUCCUUUUGAAUUGACCCCAUUCAUAAUUUAUUCAAUCAUUACAAAAAACAUCAGUUAAAGCUUUGAUUUUUAAGAAAAGAAAAUUGUUGCAUUUGUCCUCCAACUCUGUAUGUAUGUGUGUGUGUGUGUGCGUGUGUGUGCUUGAGAGUGAGACUGCAUUAAACAAACUGUGAUAUUACAAUCCUCAUUUUUCUCAUUGUUCUAAAUAAGUGACUGUCUUGCGGGUGCACACUGUUUGUUUAGUUUAGUUUCGGUGAAUAAAUUGAAGCUUCUCUCAACAA